AUGAACAAAUAUAUGGAGAGCGAGGAGGGAGUGCUAAUGAAUUCCACCGAAUCUGGCAUUGAGCGUGUAAAGAAAGGUGACUACGCAUUUAUUCUCGAAUCAACUCUGAAUGAAUAUUAUACUCAAAGAAACUGUGAUCUAGUUAGACUAGGUGGUUUCUGGGAUCCUCGAGGCUACGGCAUUGGGUUACCAAUCGGAAGUAAGUUCAUUACUGAUAUCUUUGGUCAAAUUUGUUUUUAA